UGACCUGAACACAUCACAAGCUGACUUCUCUGUGAUCAUUACUUUAGAUACUUUAAACACCGAAAGAUCCUCGAAGGAAUGAAUGCCAUGGACAACAUGACUGCUGACUACAGCCAAGAUGACUACGACGAGACAGUAAACAACUCAAUGUGUGAUUUUGACGAGUGGGAACCGUCAUAUUCGCUGAUUCCUGUGCUCUACAUGCUCAUCUUCAUCCUGGGCCUCACUGGGAACGGUGUGGUCAUCUUCACCGUAUGGCAGGCUCAGUCCAAGCGGAGAGCUGCGGACGUCUACAUUGGAAACCUGGCUCUUGCUGACCUUACCUUUGUGGUGACCCUGCCACUGUGGGCUGUCUACACCGCCCUGGGAUACCACUGGCCCUUUGGCGUGGCCCUCUGCAAGAUCAGCAGCUAUGUGGUGUUGCUCAACAUGUACGCCAGUGUCUUCUGCCUCACCUGCCUGAGCCUGGACCGCUACAUGGCCAUCGUUCACUCCCUCACCAGCACACAGCUGCGGACCAGAGGACACAUGCGGGCCUCGCUGGCCACCAUCUGGCUCCUCUCAGGUGUGCUGGCUGCACCGACACUGCUGUUUCGCACCACGGUGCUCGACGCCAUGACCAACCGCACCUCCUGCGCCAUGGACUUCAGCCUGGUGGUGAGCAAACCGGGCCAGGAGAUCUUUUGGAUCGCCGGCCUCAGCAUCUCCUCCACCGCUCUCGGCUUUCUGAUCCCCCUUCUGGCCAUGAUGGUGUGCUACGGAUUCAUCGGCUGCACCGUCACACGUCACUUCAACAGCCUGCGCAAGGAGGACCAGCGCAAGCGUCGCCUGCUCAAGAUCAUCACCACAUUGGUGGUGGUGUUCGCUGCCUGCUGGAUGCCCUUUCACGUCUUGAAGACCAUGGAUGCUCUUUCGUACCUGAACCUCGCUCCUGACUCCUGCACCUUCCUGAAACUCCUUCUUCUGGCUCAUCCCUACGCAACCUGCCUGGCGUAUGUCAACAGCUGCCUCAACCCGCUCCUCUACGCCUUCUUCGACCUCCGCUUCCGCUCCCAGUGCCUCUGCCUCCUCAACCUGAAGAAAGCCCUUCACGCCAGUCCUGCCAGCUCCCUUUCUUCACAGAAGACCGAGGCCCAGUCGCUGGCUACUAAGGUAUGAGGAGGUGGGUGGAAGGGUGAUGCAAACAAGUCAACAACUGUUACAUCCUUCACAAGAACUCAAUUGUUGGGGACAAGCAGACUUUCCUUUUGUAUCUGACUGUGGGAACUUGAGGAACCAGCUUCCCCUGUCCCGGGACUAAACACUGGUACUCUGUGAACCGUUCUGGUUCUGAAGAACUUGAUGCAGUCUGUUUGUCCUGGAGACCACAAGCAGACCGGAGCAGACCCCCACUGACAGCUGCGCUCCAGACGUGUGGGACAGAGUUGGGGAGAACGAGCGAGGGCUUUUCUGCUUUUCUCUUAGUUGCCUCUGGAGCUUCAUAGACUUACAUGGAGCUGCAGGGUGGUGGGUGGUCCACGGAGGGGUUCGAGAGUAAUUUAUGGACUCUGUACUUUUGAAACUGUAUUAGUGCAUUUAACCGUGCUCUUUACCAUCUUGUUUUUCUUGGUUGCUUGUUUAAUUUUUUGUCCUUUAAGCACUUGUUCAUAAGGGGCAGAGAUAAGAACGGUGUCCAGUCUGUCUUAUCUAAACCAUCAAGAUAGGGUGGGAGGGAUGGGUGCCUUACUUGAGAAGAAUUGUUGCAGCUUGAUUAAAGACUUUCAAGGGGGAGGUGGGUGAGACGAAAACAUGGAGGGGGUGAACUCAGACAGACAGAUGGCAGUUGACAAAUGUUGUCGGGGAAAGGGACGUCCAAUUAAUAGGUGGCAGCUUUGACAGAUGAGAUACUGUGCGUGUAAGUGUGAGCUAAUGAAAUGUGUGCCAGUGAAUUUUUUAUUUUGACAUAACCUUGUGGGAAAAAAACUGCUGUAUGAUGCUUUUAUGCAAUACUCUAUGAAUAA